GGAGGGUACUGUAACACUGUAGCUCCAGCAAACGAGUGACAUCACCCACCCAUCCCCGCCAACGUUAGCAACCAACAGACAGACUUCGUCCAGACUCGCCCAUCCGAUCGAACACUGCCGGCUUCCCAAGAUGUGCACCAGCCACGGCCACGAGAAGACGCCCACCCCAGCCGUUGCCGUCAGCAGCAGCAGCCCGCAGGAGCCGUUCCCCUGGGACGCCGGCGCCUACGAUGCCCACUGCCACCCGACCACCACCCCGGCCUCGGUGGCCGCCAUCCGGGGCAUGAGGGCGCGCGCCAUGGCCGUCAUGUCGUCGCGCGCGCAGGACCAGGACCUCGUCGCGGCGGCGGCCGAGGCCCAGGGCCACGGCGUCGUCGACGGCGGCAAGGUCCUCCCGGCCUUUGGCUACCACCCGUGGUCAUCCCACCUCAUCUACGACGACACCAACCCGGCGACACCUCCCACCUUCGACCCGGCCGCCGCAGCCGCCACCGGCGGCCGACAGGCGCUCGACGCCCAGCUGGCCCGCCACUACGGCGCCCCGCUCUCCGCCGUCGUGGCCGCCACGCGCGCGCGCCUGGCCCGCUUCCCGCGCGCCCUGCUCGGCGAGGUCGGGCUCGACAAGGCCUUUCGCCUCCCGCAGCCGCGCGACCCGGGGCCCGACGGCGAGGUCGACCCCCCGGCAGACGACGAGCGCGACCUCGCGCCGGGGGGCAGGUACGGCCGCCGGCUGAGCCGGUACCGCGUGUCGAUGCCGCACCAGGAGCGCGUGCUGGCGGCGCAGCUGGCCGUGGCGGCCGAGCUGGGCCGCCCCGUCAGCGUGCACGGCGUGCAGUGCCAGGGCGUGCUGUUCGACGCCCUGACGGCCACGUGGAAGGGUCACGAGAGGGAGGUGCUGAGCCGCCGCCAGAGGGCGCUGGUGGCCAAAGGCGCCGAGGAGUACGAGGCUUACGACUCUGACGAGGACGAGGGCGAGGGCGAGGACGAGCACAGUAGGAACAGGAGCAGCAGCACUCGGCAGAGCGGCACCACGCCGGCGCCGGCGGGUGGUGGCGGCGGCGGCGGUGCGCCCAAGCCGUACCCGCCGCGGAUAUGCCUGCACUCGUUCGGCGGCUCGGUCGAGACCAUGCGGCAGUACCUGGACCCGCGCAUCCCCGCGCGCAUCUACUUCUCCUUCUCGUCCGCUAUCAACCUGUCGACGCCGACGGGCGGCGAGCGCGUGCCCGACGCCAUCGCCAGCUGCCCCGACGACCGCAUCCUGCUCGAGACGGACCUGGCCGAGGCCGGCGACGACAUGGACGCCGCCCUCGAGCACAUCUACCGCGCCGUCUGCCAGAUCAAGGGCUGGGGCCUGCGUGAGGGUGUCGAGAGGAUAGCGAGGAACUUUGAGGCGUUUGCCUUUGGCCCCUGA